UGAGGCUUCUCUGUCCAGGUGGCCGGCGGUGCAGGAUGCUUUGGGCCCGGGCCCCUGAGGCCGUUGUUGGGGCCCAGCUCUGGGGAGAGCUGUUCUCGGGCUCCGCGCUCCCCAGGGCGAGACGCGCUCCCUGCCUGUGCGUGCUGCUGGGCACCAGGCGGUCACGCCGUGGCCACUGCCAGAGGGUCUGAUGCGGGAUCCUGUGCGCUGGGUCUUGCCGCCAUUGGAAGGAGGCUGUCUGGGUCUGGGGGGGCGCUGGCUGAGUGAAUCCCCAAGGACAGAGACAAGGAAUGGGAGUGAGGCUGUGGUUCUCAUUCCCUGUACUGAUGGUGACUCUAACUGCAGCGCCCACAGGUGUGCUGAGUUCUUCAUGGGACAGAUAGAACGACAAGGACCCUACCCCAAAGAGCUAGCCAUGUAAUUUUAGCUGUGAUGUGCCCAAGCACUGGGGGAACAGACCUCAGAGAGGGAAUGAGGUUCUUGCAGCAAUUAGAUCAAGCAGCUGGCUUGGGUUUGGUUACAUCUGGGGCUGUUUCUUGUGAGCAGUGAGGCAGAGGGAUUUGAAUGAGGACAGGGAAUGGCUUGGCAAGGCAAAGCUGGGAGGGCGUUCAUAAGAAUGGCCCUAAUGGAUCAGACCAAAGCUCCAUGUAGCCCAGUAUCCUGUCUUCUGACAGUGGCCAAUGCCAGGUGCCCCAGAGGAAAUGAGCAGAACAGCCUGUGAAAUAAGAAAUGUCAUCUGAUUCAAGCAAGAAGAGGAAACCCAAGGUCAUCCGCACCGAUGGGGCCGCGCAGGAGAGCAAGCGGAGCAGGGCUGACCCUGACCAGGAUGUGAAGUAUUACAGUGAAGAGGCAGAGGUGGAACUCCGAGAUCCCAACAAAGACUAUGAACUCUACAAGCAAACCUGUCAGGAACUUCAGAGGCUCAUGGCAGAAAUCCAGGAUCUGAAGAGCAAAGGCAGCAAAGACAGUGCUGUUGCAAUAGAAGAGCGUCGGAUCCAGAGCUGCAUGCACUUCAUGACCCUGAAGAAACUCAACCGUUUGGCUCAUAUUCGACUAAAGAAGGGGAGAGAUCAGACCCAUGAGGCAAAGCAGAAAGUAGACGCCUAUCACCUGCAACUCCAGAACCUAUUGUACGAGGUGAUGCAUCUGCAGAAGGAGAUCACCAAAUGCCUGGAGUUUAAGUCAAAACAUGAGGAGAUUGAUCUAGUGAGCGUGGAUGAAUUUUACAAAGAGGCUCCUCCAGAAAUCAGCAAACCUGACAUUACCCUCAAUGAGCCACACCAACAGACCCUGGCCCGCCUCGACUGGGAGCUGGAGCAGCGCAAAAGGCUGGCAGAGAAGUAUAAGGAGUGUCUGGCCAACAAGGAGAAGAUCCUGAAGGAGAUAGAAGUGAAGAAGGAAUAUCUGAGCAGCCUCCAGCCCCGGCUCAACAGCAUCAUGCAGGCCUCCCUUCCUGUCCAGGAGUAUCUCUUCAUGCCUUUUGACCAGGCACACAAGCAGUACGAGACAGCUAGACACUUGCCACCACCUCUCUAUGUUCUCUUUGUCCAAGCCAAUGCCUAUGGUCAGGCCUGUGAUAAGAAGCUGGCUGUGGCAAUCGAAGGGAGUGUGGAAGAAGCCAAGGCCCUCUACAAGCCACCAGAGGACUCCCAAGAUGACGAGAGUGAUUCUGAUGCUGAAGAGGAGCAGACCACGAAGCGUCGCCGCCCCACACUGGGCGUGCAGCUGGACGACAAGCGCAAGGAGAUGCUGAAGAGACACCCACUGUCUGUUACCAUUGACCUCAAGUGCAAAGACGACAGCGUGCUCCACCUGAUCUUCUUCUACCUGAUAAACCUCAAUGUCAUGACGGUGAAAACCAAGGUGACCACUGCUACGGAGAUGACCACACCCAUCAGUGCUGGAGAUCUGCUGUCUCCAGGCUCCCUGCUGAACUGCCUGUAUCCUGGGGAUCACGGGAGGAGAACUCCAAAUCCAGCCAACCAGUUCCAGUUCGAUAAAGUCGGCAUCCUGACCCUGAGUGAUUAUGUGACAGAUCUGGGGCACCCCUACAUGUGGGUGCAGAAGCUGGGUGGCCUGCAUUUCCCCAAAGAUCAGCCUCAGCACACAGUGACCGCAGAUAACUCGCUGAGUGCCAGCCACAUGGAGAUGACUAUGAAGUUGCUCAGGACGAGGCUGCAGUCCCGCCUGGCUCUCCACAAGCAGUUUGCUUCACUUGAGCAUGGCAUCGUGCCGGUCUCCAGCGAGUGCCAGCAUCUUUUCCCUUCCAAGGUCGUGUCACGCUUGGUGAAGUGGGCUGCGCUCCCCUACGAGGAUUACCUGGAGCUGUCCUACACCAAAGACGUUGUGGAGGCUGGCUUGGCUGAAGACACUCACCUCUAUUAUAUGGCUCUGGUAGAGAGAGGGACAGCCAAACUCCAGGCAGCUGUCGUGCUGAAUCCGGGCUACUCCUCCAUGCCACCCAUCUUUAACCUGUGUCUGAACUGGAAAGGGGAGAAAACCAAUAGCAACGAUGACAACAUUCGGGCAAUGGAGAGCGAGGUCAACGUGUGCUACAAGGAGCUGUGUGGGCCAAGGCCUGGCUACCAGCUGCUGACCAAUCAGCUACAGCGCUUGUGCGUCGUGCUGGAUGUCUACCUGGAAACAGAGUCCCAUGACACCAGCGUGGAAGGGCCCAAGGAGUUCCCCCAGGAGAAGAUGUGCCUGCGUCUUGUCAGGGGGCCCAACCGCAUGAAGCCGUUCAAGUACAACCAUCCUCAGGGGUUCUUCAGUCACCGCUGACCCCAUCACCCGGAUUGUCCUGCCUCCAGCCACUGAACUCCCCCAGCACUUGAAUCUCUGUGUGACCGUUGUUCUCAGCUGGUUGGGGGUCAACCACAUCCCGCAGGAACCUCCCCUGCCCCUCCAUGCAGCGCUCUCAUUCCAGCGUUGCUUCCCAGGGGUGUUGUAAAGUAUUAAAUUGUAGAUGAAGAAAA